AUGAGUGAGGAUUAUACAUAUGGUGAUAUUAUUGAUGUGGAAUUUAUAAUUAAGUCUAUUGCCAUUUGUAUUAAAGAAGAAACCUCGAAAAUUAAAAGUCAAUUUUUAGUAGAAAUAAAUAUAGAACCGGGUUUUUUUAAUGAAAAUUUAUAUUCAAACAUUAAUUUUAAUUCAGAGGAUGCCAAAGAACUCUUUGAAGAAAGUUAUAUAGAUAGUAAUGAUGAUAAUAAAUCAAAUAUCCAAUUUAAAACUGACUGGUUUGAUUCAUUAGAAAAACCUACUUUUGAAUCUCUAGAUUUAUUUUAUUCUGAUGUAUCUGGUAAUAUAAAAGAAUGUGCAAUGAAUUUUAAAAUGAAAUGUUCAAUAAUUCUCCCUCAAUGGAUUACUAAAACAGCUAAAGCUAUUUAUAGUAAAUUAGAAAAAAAGGAAGAUUUCAAUGAAUUUUUAUUAUCAAAUCUAAGAAUGGUAAUUACUGUGUGGUAUAAUAAUAAAGAAAAAGAGAUAUCUUCAAUUUCAGCAAAAGAGAUUGGUUAUUGUAGUAUUUGUCUAUCAGAUCCACUAAUGUUAUCUCCAAAUGCAUUUUAUUUUUUAACUAGUACACAAGAUGAUAAUUUUUUAUAUUUAGACCAAAACUUAAUGAGUAUAAAUGAUAAAUGUACAAAUGGAAUAAUUAGGGGAAUGUUAACAUAUUAUCCAAGGAUUAUUCAUAAUAAUAGAAAAUUUAAUAAUACUAAGGAGAAGUAUUUCAUGAAUAUUCCAAAUAACCAAUCGAAAAUAAACAAUAUGAGAAGUGAUAAACAAAAUAUAAUAUCAACUAGUAAAAAACAUAAAAUAAAAGAGAAAUUGAAAAGGUCUAUUAAUGAGCUUAUGAAAGAUAAUUUAAGUUACAAUAUGAAUUCAACUAGUAAUAUAUAUACUGAAGAUUAUAGUAUAUACCAUUGUAUUCCUUUAAUGUGGGAAUAUAUUGAUGAUGAUGGGAAUAUACAAGGACCUUAUAAUAGUAUAGUGAUAAUGAGUUGGAUAAUCAAAGAUUAUUUUGAAGAAGAUAGACUUUUUAGAUUAUGUGUUAAUACACACGAAGAUCAUCCAUAUACAUCACAUAUAUCUUUUGAAAGUAUAAAAUAUGAAAAUAAUUGGGCAAAACUAUCAGAAUAUAUUGAUAUUAUUAAGGCUGAUGUAAUACGAAUGUUCCCAAUUCCUAAUAAAUAUGCAAGUAUUUCAAUGAAAAAUAAUUUUGAAGAGAAAAAUCUUUAUAAAGAAAAUAAUAAUAUAAGUGAAGAACAAAUUAAAUCAGAUAUUCAAAUAAGAUACAAAAACAAGAUCAUUAAUGAUGAUCUUAAACCUUCAUUAAAUCAUUUUCAAAAAAAUGAAAAAGAUACAAUAAAUACUAAUUUUAAUUUUUUAGAUUCAAAUGAUGAAUUAUAUAGCAAAUUUCACUUAAAAAGAAAUACUCCAGAAUUUAUUGAAGCUAUUAAACUUUUAAAAAAUAAAAUUGAGAGGAUAACUUCAGAAUCAUUUAAACAAUUUAAGGAUAACCAUAAUAAAGAAUUUGUUUCAGAUAAUACAGGAAAUUUUGUAAAAGAACAAGAUAUAAAUAUUUUUUCAAAUAUAAAUUUGAAUAGAGUUAAUUUAAAUAAAGUAGAUGAUCCUAUAAUAGAAGAUAUUGAAAAGUCAAUUUUCGAUAGGAGUAAUAAUGAGGUCAUUAAACAAUGGUGUGUUAAAUAUGGUUCUAGAAUGGUGAUUGAAGCUUGUGUAAUUCGUAUUCAAUCAGCAUAUCGCAAUUAUUUAAGAAAAAAACAAGUAUAG